ACAGACAGUUUCCGUCAGUUUUACUCGCGUGUCGUAAGCGCGCUGAACAAGCUUUUUGCCGUUACCAAUUUCAGUUGAAACGAGAAUUUCAUUAUUUCGAACUGCCCGUCGAUAUCGACUACUAUAUCGAAUAGAGAAAGAGAGCAGUUUUGAUAAGUACAAGUUGUACUUUCUGUACUUAAACUUUGAGGUUCCAGCUCGAGGCCCAGCGGAGAGCUCGAGCGGCAGCUCUGAAAAGUUUGUUGUUGUCACGUGACGCGAGACGAAUGUGGCGAUAAAAGUUUGUUUAGAUAGUAAAACUAGGCGGCGUACUACGUUAUAUAAAACUACCGAACACCGUUUUCACCGCAAUGCCUCAACCAAAAUAUCGAAAGAUUGCUGUUAUAGGUUACAGGUCUGUAGGAAAGUCAUCUCUUACAAUACAGUUUGUGGAAGGACAGUUUGUUGACUCCUAUGACCCCACCAUUGAAAACACCUUUAACAAAAUGGUCAACGUGAAUGGCCAAGACUUCAAUCUUCAGCUGGUUGAUACAGCUGGACAAGAUGAGUACUCUAUUUUUCCACAAUCCCACUCUAUGGACAUCCAUGGCUAUGUCCUUGUCUAUUCAGUGACUUCCAUGAAAAGUUUUGAAGUUGUGCAGGUUCUACAUGACAAGCUGCUAGACAUGGUUGGGAAGAUACAGGUCCCAACUGUUCUCGUAGGGAACAAAAAAGAUCUCCACAUGGAAAGGGUUAUCAAGCCUGAGGAGGGAAAGAAACUUGCUGAUUCCUGGGGUGCUGCAUUCAUGGAGUCCUCAGCCAAGGAGAAUGAGACUGCUGUGGAGGUUUUCAAGCGGAUCAUUUUGGAAAUGGAGAAAGCUGAUGGUAAUGCAGCCCCAGAGGAGAAGAAGUGUGCUGUGAUGUAAACGUGUGUCCAGGACAUCAGUAAGCUCAUUUGCUGAAGACAGGAGGCACAACUUCACCGGCUUGCCAAUCGUGACCUCACCGACAUCAAGAUACUGCAGUGGAACUUUUCUGCUCCGUUGUGAUACCAGAUUGAUUUACAUAGUGAGGCAACUGCCCAGACAGUUGAUAAACUAUCCCACUUCUUGUAACCACAGGGAGAAAUUUCUAAGAGCAAGAUUAAUCUGUUUUAGACAAAGAAGCACCUUCGGUUGAACAUGUUGAAAUGUAAUCUAUGAUUAGGCAAAAAUCUUGAUUUUGAGUUUAACCAAAUGCUCAGAAAACAAAACAAGAUUGUCUCAAUUAACUGCCUCAAAUAUUUUCAUUAACAAAUUGUGGUAAUAACUACUUGUAAAUCCGAUAUAUGAGACAUCAUUGGCUUGUGUCUCAUAACUCUGUGAGUAGUUAAUGUACAGUGAGUGACCUUUUAAGACUAGUAUAUUAUUUCAGCAGGUCUUCUUUUUGACAGUGAUGCAGAGUCACAGUUCACAUUGAUUUAAAUGUGGUGUUAAAAUGUCACUAUUUCUCACAAAUGGAGGAUAUCCUUGAACACCCGAUAUUAGAUUUCUGAUAAGAAAUUUCACUGUGGUUUCACAGUCCUUCUCACUGUAAUUUUUAUCAACUCAUCUUCAGGUACCGUUCACCAAUGAACUUUUGAACUGUGUCUUCACGACGGAAUAAUCUAUUUGUAUAUUUAACAACAAACAUUUUAAGCUUUUCUGCUAAGCAAAUAUGCCUCUUCCAUCAUUUCUUCAGUUUAAUUUCUCCUUUUUGGCUAUAAUAAAGUUAUCUUAUGGGCAACUCUCAGAAAAAUUUAGUAUAGAUUGGAACAGAUCUUUCUUUACCGGUUAUGGCCUUUUUAUACAAUAUGAAUAGAAUCUUAGAAAUUGGUUUGAUAAUAUUGGUUAUAUCUUGAGUGAUGCCGGUUUGCUCUCCCGUCAAUAUAAGUAGAGUAUAUGCUUAUAAGUGCGUUAUAAUAAUGGACUUUGUUGAGUUGCAAUUUUUAAAUUGCAUUUUAACACUGUGUAAGACCAUUUAUGUGGCUGAUGGGCCACAGAGUUAGUUUAGUAAUUUUUGAACUCGUGAUUUUGAUUUGAUGUUUCAUGCAAGCUUGAUAAAACCAAGCCAGAAUGGCAUGCAGCCCAUUUAAUUCAUAUUGUGGACUUGCAUGAUCACUGUCAGACACUUGAGAUCCUUAAUGACUUGUUUUUCUUAGCUCUUGUAGCUUUACAGAGACAUGACACAGACUGUGGAUUUUUCCCCCACGAUCCCCAUGUUGUACCUGUAGUGGGUUAUUGUAACUUUUUAUCAAGUGCUUUGCUGAGUAAGUAGUUGAUUGAUGGUGGUUGAACAGAAGCUGGUGAUGUUGUGUCUUGUGCCUUUACCGCUCUUCAAACUCCCUCAUCUGCUUCCCUUCAUGACUCAAGGUGCUCUUAAAGGUUUUUUUUUUUUUCCUUCUGUUGACUUGAUACCAUGGAUGCAGGUGGUGUUGUGCACCUGAAAACCAAUAUUCCCUUGUGGGUCAACGUUAAUUCAGAAAUCUUGCUGUAAACAGUUUUGUAUAUAAAUAAAUCUGUUACUCAUU